UUCCGCUACUCUGCGUAGUAAACACUUCUCUCCAGCAAGUCUUCAAGCAGUUGAACUUAGAACUGAGUUAAAGUAGUUUUUCAUUUUUGCCCCUAGGUUACUUUGUGUUCAUGCAGCAGUCUUUCACCUCCACCCAGCAUGGAGGAGAACACUUUAAAGCUGCUGGUGAAGCUCACUCAGGAGGGACAGUUAAGCUCUCUGGAGGAACGGAUAUCCUCGGGCGGCUCGGCGGCGGUACAAACCAUCCGGAGCAAACACUUCGGUCGGUCAGGAGACACCCUGCUGCACUACGCGGCCCGGCAGGGACACCUGGACAUUGUGCAGUAUCUAAUAAAGCGGGUAGGCAUGGAUGUGGAGACGUACAAUAACGACUACAAGAGGCCGCUGCACGAAGCUGCGUCCAUGAGCCACCUGGCAUGUGUCAGCUACCUGCUGCAGGAGGGAGCCAAGGUGGACAGUCUGAAGAAGGCGGACUGGACUCCACUGAUGAUGGCCUGCACUCGGAGAAACCUCAACGUGAUCCAGGAGCUGCUGCACCAUGGCGCUGACCCUGCACUGAGAAACAAGGACGGCUGGAACUCGUUCCACAUCGCCUGCAGGGAGGGCGAUCCUCUGGUCGUACAGCACCUGCUCCUCGUCACGCUGGACGUCUGGAGGACGGAGAGCAAGACGCGCAGGACACCACUGCACACUGCAGCAAUGCACGGCUGUGAGGAGAUUGUUAGGAUCUUGCUGGAGAGAUGUGGCUACACCCCAGACUGCGCUGACAGUUGUGGAGUCACUCCUUUCAUGGACGCCGUCAGGAACGGACACCUUUCUGUGGCCAGGCUGCUUUUAGAGAAGCACCAGGCGUCUCCACAAGCAACCGACAUGCUUGGGACUCAGCCGGUGCACCAGGUUGCUGUUACUGGCCAGGAGGAGGCGCUGUGGUUCCUGGUGCGGGACCUAAAUGUAGACGUGAACCAGAAGGCGACAGAUAUGCAGCUCACUGCUCUGCAUUACGCUGCAAAGGAGGGCCACACGUCCACUAUAAAAACACUUCUUGAGCUGGGGGCAGAUCUUUAUGUUCGGGACAAAAAGGGAAGAACUGCUCUUCAUAUGGCCUGCAUUGGACAGCAUGCAGAUGUGGCCAGGAUACUCCUGCAGCUUGGACUCAAAGACUCAGAGGAUGCGUCUGGCACAACAGCACGGCAGCUUGCCAAGAAACCAGACAUAGUGCGAGUGUUUCAAUGUGGCGUACCAGACACAUCAUAAAUGAUACCACAGUGGUAAAGAACACAGAUUUGCAGUAUGAUCUGUAUAUUUAAUUUAUGUUAAAAAAAACAACCUGAAAAUGUGAUUUAUGUGAUAGAAGUUAAUCAGUUAAUUUAGACUGUGAGGAUUACAAUAAAUCUUAACGUGA